AGUUGUUCAAAAUUUCCAUCAACACCACAACCACACCAUGGAUUUUUCCUGGGCCACUCCUUACCCAGAGCUGUAUAAAGUAUGUAACAUGUUUCAGUUGGUAGAGAUAUGCCAACCUCUGAAAUACUACUAUAGGCCCAUACCAUCAUAUCUUCAAGAGGGUCCAAAAUGUGGCCUAGUUGCUUUGGCUAUGGUGCUUGAUAAUGCUACCCAAGAAAAUGUUGAAAUGUUAUAUGAAUCUGCAAGAAAACUAGGUUUUACCAACAAUGGAGAAAUAUUUAGCACAAAAGAAAUGGCGGAUUUAGCGAAAAGGAAUUUGCCAGAUAAUACGAAAAUAGAAGUUUAUAGUGGUUCUUUGGAUACCAACAGAAUCAGGAAUUUUAUACUUGAUGGGGGGUUUAUAUUAGUUCCAUAUGAUACUGAUAAAGACAAUUCGCCGGGUUUACAUAGAGGCCACAAAGCUCAUUGGGCCGUUGUUUCAGGUGGAGUCUCAACAGAAGAUAACUUUUUUGUGAUAGCUAGACAUGGAAAGGCACGAAAUGUUGCUAUUUGGAGACUUGAUCGUUUAUCUGAGAGUAAUAAACAAUUGUUCGAAUUCUCACCAGAUAGAAAACUACAUGACGUUGAAUAUAAACUACCUGAAGGUGGAAUCUCUGGGCCACUUGGUUUAAAUCAAAAAAGUGUUUUGUUGAAACUAUGUUCGAAAAAUUGAAAAUGUCAACAACAAUGCUGGAUUUAUACAUCUUGCUAGAAAUAUGAGUAAUACAAUUGAUGAUUAUAAACCAAAAUGAA